AUGGGCCGGUUACCAUUCCCAGCUGAUGCCGAACUUACGGGGCCGGACCGCUUGGUGCUGAGCGUGAUGCAGAAGCAAUACGAAGUACACGAGCUCACGGCAGACGUGGAUGCCGCAGAGGAGUCUGAUGACUCGGCCAAAAAACGCUUCGAGCCUACUGUUUUUAGCUCCGUGGAUCUCCCGGACAUAAAAAAUGCUUUCUUCCACGAUAACAUUGUUUUACCCUACACGAAGUGGGCGCGCACAGUUGUGCGAAAUGAAGCCGAUGUUGUCAUGAUCACCCAUCUGCUGCUGUACAGCUGCACUACGCUACCAUCUGCAAUCUACCUCUUCUACAACUUCCACUGGUGGCACGCAAUCCUCCACGGUGUCAUGCAGGGAUGGUAUGCUGGCGCUUACACGCUUCUAAAGCAUCAGCACAUCCAUGCGCGAGGAGUGUUGAGCAAGAAGUACGCUGUUGUCGACGAGCUGUUCCCGUACGUGCUCGAUCCGUUAAUGGGACAUACGUGGAACUCGUACUACUUCCACCACGUCAAGCACCAUCACGUGGAAGGUAAUGGACCAAAUGACCUAUCAUCUACGGUUCGAUACCAGAGAGAUGACGUAUGGGACUUCUUAAAAUACGUUGGACGGUUCUACUUCCUGAUCUGGUUCGAUCUACCGCGCUACUUUCUACGCACUCGGAAGCCUAUGAUGGCACUCAAGGCGGGAGGAUGCGAGAUUGGCAACUAUGCUUUCCUGUACUUUUUGUUCAAUUACGUCAACACCCGCGCGACCAUCUUUGUAUUCCUCAUUCCGCUUGCUCUUAUGCGCCUAGCACUCAUGACCGGAAACUGGGGUCAGCACGCUCUCGUGGACGAGUUGGAGCCGGACUCCGACUUCAGGUCUAGUAUCACACUCAUUGACGUUCCUAGCAACCGCUACUGCUACAACGACGGCUACCACACAUCUCACCAUCUCAAUCCACUUCGCCACUGGCGUGAGCACCCGGUAGCGUUCUUGUCCCAGAAGAAACAGUACUCGGACGAGCAUGCUUUGGUUUUCUACAACAUCGACUACAUGUUCUUGACCAUCAACCUACUGAGAAAGAACUACGAUCACGUUGCUCGCUGCUUGGUGCCUAUGGGCGCACAAAUGAACCUCACGCACGAGGAGCGCGUAGCGAUGCUGAAGCGCAAGACGAGGAAGUUCACCGAGGAGGAAAUCGCUGCUAAAUGGGGCAAGCAAUAUGCGAGGCUGAAGUAG